CGCUGUUCAGUGGAAAUUGAUAGGCACACACGUGAUGGUUUAUUGCUGCACGUCAUCACAGCGUUGUUAUUUCGUUUGGUUAGCGUAACGAAGUUGUGCUGUUAAAUCACUUAAUCAAGAGGAAGCAAGACAAAUUAAACCAACAAAAUUGUGUCAGCUGUAGCAGUUAGUCUACAUUUAAGACGCGGUAUAUAUUUUUCAAAUUUGUUUAAUAAAUCUGAGUGUAGCUGUGCUAACAUGGCUGGGUUGAUGGCAGGUUUUGGUAACUUCACACAUGCAAUUGUUCGAGCAGUACCCAGUUCCUUAGCCAAAGAAGCACUGAGGAUGAACGAUUUGGAGGUUGACUUAGAGAAAGCUAAGCAGGAACAUGAGUUUUACGUCGGAGUUCUCAAACACAAACUAGGACUGGAAGUGGUCGAACUACCCGCUGACGAGAGUCUACCAGAUUGUGUGUUUGUAGAAGAUGCUGCCGUGGUCUGUGGUGAUACAGCCCUCAUCACCAGACCUGGGGCUGAGAGCCGAAGGAAAGAGACGGAGGUUAUGAAGAAGGCUCUGACGGAGCUGAAUCUGAACAUUGUCGAGAUGACGGAUGAGACAGCCGUGCUGGAUGGAGGAGACGUCCUGUUCACAGGUAGAGAGUUCUUUGUGGGCUUGUCAAAGAGGACCAAUCAGAAGGGAGCCGAAGUCCUUGCGGACGCAUUUAAGGACUAUGCCGUAUCCACUGUGCCCGUGUUGGAGGGACUGCAUCUGAAGAGUUUCUGCAGCAUGGCUGGACCAGACCUCAUUGCUAUUGGCUCGAGUGAACCUGCCCAGAAAGCACUGAAGAUCAUGCAGCAGAUGAGUGAUCACCGUUAUGAUAAGUUGACCGUGCCUGAUGAUGUUGCAGCAAACUGCGUCUACAUGAAUCUCCCUGGUAAAGGCCAUGUGCUACUGCACUGUACUCCUGAGGAGUAUCCUGAGAGUGCAAAGGUGUAUGAGAAACUGAAGGACCACAUGCUCAUUCCAGUCUCAAACAAGGAGAAGGUUAAAGUGGACGGGGCCCUGACCUGCUGUUCCGUGCUCCUCAACAAGAAGGCCUAAGUCGGACAGCCGUCCCCGAAGGCUCAGUCAGCACGCAUCUGUAUGGUGGCCCCUCUGUGACAAAAACCUUUUCAAAUAUGAGAAAGUGAGCAAAGCAGCGAGAGAGACCGAGACGUCCACGAAGGUGACUAAGUCAUGUGGACAAGUGACCCAGAUAGUUAAGAGCGGCACGGAUAUGUCUCGCUCAUUAUUUAUGCCAUGUAAGCGGCUGAGUUUACCAGUCUGUACAUUGUGUUUUCCUGUAAAGCCAUAAAUAUGUGGGGGAAAAAAAGCUCACCCAUAAACCGGUAUGAGACCCCAUUGAAAAUGUGCGCUCUGUGCUGCUCACAGCUCUGGCUUUGGAGGCGUAAACGUAAUUUAACCUUGGCUAAAUGACGUCACCGAACCUUAGCCUGCGCCCAAGAGCAUUCUUCACGUUCACGUGUGCAAACACGCCGGUCUCUCUUCACAGCCCUCUGGGUUGCUGACAUGGACCACAGGUUUGCGUGCAGACAUGUUGGUCUCCCUCGCAGCUUUGCACACCAUGGCAUAUUUGAAAGGUUUUUGUCGCAAGGUGUGCCUCGUACAUGCUGUUAUGGUCUUCGAAAGGUGACGGGUCCAGAUUUCUGAAUCAACACCCCAAUGUGCUCUUAGCCAUGUGUAUAAUCACCCCACCCCCUUAAGCAGCUCACAACUGUUUACAGUUCUUAAAAUUAAGUGUGAAGUUAGAGUAGAUUCCUUUCUGUGAUGUGUUUGUUUUUUAAUUCUAAAAAAACAAGAGAGAUCUAAAGAGUUAAAUACUUUGUAGGUUUAUGGAGAUCAGAGAGAACAACUUGUAAAACUGCCAAAUUCCAAUCAUUUAACAGCACUAUAUAUUUGUAAAAGUUUGUCAUUUUAUGAUUUAUAUUGUUUGCUGAAAACACAUAAAUAGUGUAUAAAUAGUAUCCAUGUUGGGAGACACAUUAAUUAAAUGAAAGACUUGGA